ACGUUUUCACAGCGGUUUUACUUUGGUCAAAUCCAAUCUUCAAUUAUAUACUGUCUUUCGCCCUGGGGAAUGCAGUCUAGACAUCAAUUUACACUUCUGUGAGGAAAUCAUGUUUUGAAAUCGACACCGAGGCGUGUGAAAUCGACAACAGUGAGGAUGCUGAUAACACUGAAAUAGACACCGACAACGCCUGUAUUGACAAGAUGGCGGUCUGGAAACUAAUGUGCUUCGUCCUACUUGUCGGAUCGGUCUGUUCCUCAACAGGGCGGACCAAUGAAAAUGCAGAGGAAAAGAGGGGAUUCCCCUUCCCUUUUCAGUUUCAAGCACCAAUGAGUGGAAAAGUAUUUCAACGGCACAUAAAGCGACUGGAAAACGCAACGAGAUAUGGUGUAGAUGGAGACCCUGACUUCAUAGUUGACGUGCAUGGGACGGACAGGUACCCGCUGUGCUUCCAUGUAGGCGGACAACAGGGAGAGGUGCUCCGCCUCCUCCAGCACCAAAACCUGUCUCUUUUCGUCAACGCCAAAAUAAUUGAACGAAACGAAACACGCAAGACGUACCUUGGAUCGGUAGCCAUUAUACGUAAUAAUGUGAGAAUCCUCGCCACAAGGAGAGACGUCCAGGUCAACCGCUACACGUUCAGCUGGUCCGGCAUGGCGGCAUUCCGUUUGUACGGCAAUCGGGUCAUCGUGGGCCAAAACCUCUUGGCCGUCACCUUCAGGAACAAAAAUGUAACGUUGGUCAUUAGACGUCAUGUUAUGUCGGUGGACUAUGACGACUCGUUCGAGGAGCCAUCAAACAACGUCGGAGAAUCCAUGUCAGAAAUUGUUCAUGGUCAUAUUAGGCCGUCAUCUCACGACGUGACGUCCCGAAAUCACGCUGUCCUGUCACAAAAUACGGACUUCGCUUACCUUGGGUUUUACAUAGCGGAUUCUACGGGACUCACUACGCCAUGCCAUGGACUCUUGGGCCAGUUUGUCCACAAAAGUGUUCGUCUCGUCAACAUGCAAGUUAAGAAUGGGAAGAUGAAGGGGAAAAUCGCAGUUGUCUCCCCCUUUUACAGCACGCCAACUUACAGCAUGGCCACACUGACUGAGCGUAUGAACCACGGAACGGGGAGAAAUGUGACCUGCUGGCGUCUGCGACGUGGCGGGGACAACAUCGUUGACGGCAACUACAUUGACUACAUGGUACCACAGCUCCGCGACACAGAGAUCAUACGGUUUCAGUGAACGCCUGCACUGCUUCCUGCCAGUGUCGGGACUUCGAUCCGCAAAAGCGUGUGAUGUGACGAAGCGUCGUACAUAAACAAAUUCAUAGAAUUCUAUAUGAUGUGAAAAGACUAAAGAUAUUGCCAUAUUGAUCCUUUUUACGUUAGAUACUGACUGUGCAAAAUACAAACAUUUAUGGCCUUGAAUAAACCUUUCAGCAGUGAA